AUGCAGGCAGGGCAUUCGUGCAAGGAAAUAGCGGUGCUUGAGGGCGUGAUUGCCGAGAUUCUGAGCCGAUGCGAUGAUGCAGGCGACAUUGCAAAAAUGUUGGUAGCAAUAAAGGAAGGAAUAGCCACACACAUAGAUGAAAUGGAGGAGUACUACGUGAAAAAGAUACUUUUUGUGGCAGAAGCGAGCAAUAAGAAAAUCGACACGAUACAGAGAGAAAUUGAUGGAUUAGAGCAAGCAUAUCUUGAUUUGCUGGCGAAGGCGAGCAAGAUGAAGAAAGGUAUCCAUGCAUUGAGCCUGAUGGAUGGAAUGCGGAAUUGA